UCAUUAACAUUUCACAAUAAAAGCUGCAUGCUGUAUCAUGACAAAUGUAAAAUAGAGUAAGACAACAGAUCGUUCAAUGGGCGAGAGGAGAAGGGAGUGAGGUGAGGAGGGAUGAUGCAUCGUCUGCUGAUUUCACAGGCGCCAGCGCGGAUCCGCGAUGUCGUCACUGGUAUUGGUAAGAAGUGGUGACUGGACUGGUGACAGUCAGUCUCAGUCAGAGCUAGUCUGCUAGUCAAUGGCUGUUCGUCGAUCCGAAUGGAUGGAGUAUUGUAAUUUGAUUGUAUUUCUAUUCAAAGUGUUCUAGUUCAGUGCGCCUAACUCUCUAUCCCGUCACUUUUGUGAGAAAACAACAGUUGCAUAUUAGCAGCUCGAAAGAAAAUACAUAGCAAAGAUGGGUGAAAAGACUGAGCACAUUGUAAUGACGCCAAAAUGCAAAACUUCGAAUUCCACAACACUGAUAAUAGAGAGACAAACCUUGGAGCCUCCGGCGGAGAAUGGAAACGAGAACAAUGUUCACAUUGCUGGUGGCGAUCAUAAAGGAAUUGUCAUCAACAAACAGGCUAUGGCUGUAACAAAUGGAGAAGUACAUCCUGCCCAGCUUGGCCUACAAUUCAGAGUAUUUCUAGUAAGCGCACAAACUGGAAAGCAUACACAAGAACAAAGAACUCUACAAUUCUGGUUCACUGAUACACUCUCCGAAACAGAACAGCCAAGCAUUGCACAAGAAUUUUUCAGAGAACUUGUUACUCCACAGGAGUUUCCUAGAGAUUACGUGGGAUUUAUAAAAAAGAUAAUGAAAUUAAUGCAACAUAAAUAUCCUAGUAUUAAAAAACUAGAAAUAGAGUUGAGACAACUGGAAGAACCAAUCACACUUCCAAGCAGACCAUCUACUGGUCACUUACUAUUCACACUUCCUCCCUCUGAGAAAGUUAUAUGGACAUCAGUAUCUACAGAUGAAGCCAUUAUGGGUCAAGUGAUUGAGUUAACAGUAGAAAAAGUUCUGGAGCUCAUUGAGUCUGCCUAUCCAAACCCAAUAACUAUAGUUGACAUAUCAAAGGAACAUGGAUGGGAACCGUUGGACGUGGAGGCUAAAUUGAAAGAACUUCAAGAGAAAGGGCUCAUUAAAGCAUUGGAUCAUGGGGCUUUCACACGUGUUGUCCAUGAAGAUACUCAAAUUCAAGUAGUGAAGCAGAUGCCAACAAUGGCAAGUGCAAAACAACCUACAAUAGCUAUUAUUACAGCUCAAUAUUGUGAGAAACUUGCUGUGGAUUCAAUGAUUGAAAACAAGGAAACCUUUGUUCGUUACACUACUGUUGGUACUGCAAGCUCACCAGAUACGACAGAUGGAGUUCCGCGAGUGAUAUGCCGUUUUGGGGAAUCAAAUGUUUAUACUUUGGGCAAUAUCGGUGCACAUAGGAUUGUGUGCACUAAAUUGCCAACUGUGGGCCAUACUAGAGAAGCAAUGACUGCAGCUGGCAAUACUACUACUAGAUUGUUAGGUACAUUCCAAAAGGUGGAUUUUGUUUUUCUCGUCGGAGUCGGUGGUGGUGUUCCUCAUUAUACAGAUUACAAUAAACACGUGCGACUGGGUGACGUAGUAAUAUCACAUCCAACGCCGUAUAAUAAUAAAUAUACAUACAUUUAUUGCGAAAGUGCCAAGAUGAAUGAAAAUGGGAAUUAUCAUUUCGAGACCAAAGAAUAUUGCCCACCUAAUUUGGGUCUUCAAGAAAUCGCGGCGACUCUUAAGAAAGAGGCUGAAAACGAAGCAUUUCCGCCAUGGCAGAAAUAUACGAAAGAAGGUUUGGAGAAUCUGAUCAAUCAGUCAGAACAUGACUUUAAUGCACCACCACCAGAAUCCGAUAAACUAUAUAUGGCUAUUGGAGAAAGAGAUGUUAUCGAAGUAUCUCAUCCAACUGCACCACAGGAUUCCAUAAAUAAAAGAACUGACGGAUGUUCUCGAAUUCAUCUAGCGCCAGUGGCAUCUGGUCGACAAAUUGCAAGAGACGAUCAACUUAGGCAAAAAUUCGCAAGUCGAUUCGGCGCACUAGCAUUUGACGCGGAAAUGGAUGCCGUGGUAGAGAGUAUUUUAGGUAAUUGCCGCGAAAAUUUCGUCGUAAUUCGCGGAAUUGCCGAUUACAAAGAUGGUACUCGAAUCAAAGAAUGGCAACCUUACGCAGCAUUAGCAGCAGCUAGUGUAAUGAAAGCUAUAAUCUAUGCUAUGGAUCCACCGACCAAUGAUUAAUGUCGCUCCUUCAUAUAGAUUUUAUAUAGCGUAUAAUGCAACUGCAUAAUUUUUUUCAUAGGCUAAAUGAUAAAAUUUAAAAUCAAAACGACUGAUAAAUAUUGCACAAAGUGCACAAAAAUAAUAAGUAGUCGAUUAACUUCAAUAGGUUCCUCACUUGUAAAAGUAGUUUCUGCAACAAUGCUUUAUUCUAUGCUAUAAUUCAUGUGCCACUGAAAUCUUUUACAGAUUUUUUUAGGUUAGUACCAUUUUUACAAACAUUCAAUUGACAGCAUUUUUUAAAAAGUAUCUUUCUACAGUCACAUUAUUGAUGUUGAAAUCGAGAUUAGUCAAGCUCAACUCAAAAAUAUCAAGGAAAACGUUUAGUUGUUACAUUGGUUGCUUAUUGUCUAAAUUUUACUUUUUUUUAUAUAUAUAUAUUAAAAAGGAAUAGUGCCAUCAUUAUUUUCCAUAAUUAUCGCAUAAUGAGACGAGACGAUUUUUUAUCAGUUUUUUGCGAGGAUAAACUUGUGUACAUUCGUAUUAGAUAUGUUAAACAAUGUGUUAUAUCAACAUAUCUAUAUUUCUUACUUGAACACCAAAUCAAUGACGCUUCGAAAAAAAUCAUUCUUUAGAUAGAUGAUGAAUUUAGUCUAAUUCUCUGUUUAACUUAAUUUAGUAAAAUAAUUGCAUUUAUAUUUGCUAUGAUUGAAAUAAUGAAGCAAUUGCAUUAGAUUUAAAUAUAUAGGAUACUAAUUUCUAUUCUAUUCUCAAGAUAGCUGAUAAAAAAAAUUUAAUAGUGAUUCAAUUUAACUUAAUCUUACAGAAUAGCUAUUUGUUGCAUUCGUACUUGCUAUGAUUAAUCAUCAAACAAUUGCACUAGAUCCAAAUGAGACAUAGAAUACGAAUUAAACAAGUUAUAGAGCAAAUAAACUAUUCUAGCAGUAGAUGUGAAUAUAGACGCAACUGGAAACUGAAAGUAUAUUUAAUAAUAUUUAUCAAAUCAGAAUCAAAUCGUUACAAUAUUGCUGGAAUUAUACUACAUGUUUGUCAGAGUAUAUAUAUAUAUAUUGAUGUUUUCAACAAAUAUCCAUUCUGUAUUCACAGUAUACAGUUACGAAUCAUAAAUAUUUUUUUCUGAAAUCUUAGAUUAUGAUGGGACAUGCAACAAAAAUUUCUUUUAAAAUGUGCCAAUGUGUUCAUAUUUAAAUUCACUGCCCUUGUAAAAUCUGGAUAUUGAUAAUGUCCAUGAACAUUUUCAAGAGAAAUUUUCUGAACUUCUAAUUUCAAAUUUUCUCAAAAUGCUGUAUCAUUUCUUUGUAAUCAAGGAAGUUUGCAUUUAAAAAUUACAGGGUAGUGCGCAAAAAUAUUUAAUAUUUAAAUAUCGAAUUUGAGAAUAUGAACUUAAAGAGUAAAAGAAAAAGUAUAAAAAUAUUAUGCAUAUGUAUGUAUGAAUGAUGUUAAUGAUAGAAGAAAUCUUAAAAUUUUAGUAGAAAUCAAAAAUAACAUAAAACUACAAAAGCACGAUCCAACAAAAAACGUCUUAAAAUUACAUAAGCUAAAUAUUUAUAUUUAUUUAUUUAUAUCUUUUUACUGUGAAAAUAAUUUGAUAUUUUGUUUACUCCUAUACUUCAUGUGCCGUAUUAUGCAAAUUUAAAAAAAAAAUUUUUAUUAAUAUAUAUAAAAACUGUUUUUGAAAAGUUUAAUUUACUUAUAAAUGUAUAACAGAACAUGUAUAAGAACAUUGAUAAACAUUGUGUGAGUAAUAGGAGGAAUCGAAACACGAAAUGAUAAAAAUCACUUGUUGCGUAGAAGCACACAUUUGAAGUUCUAUAAAAUAUAUAGAAUGAUUAUAUGAUAUAUAUGUAUAUAUACAUAUACAGAGAGAUACAUAAAUAUAUAAAAUUUAUGUAUAUAUAGAAAUAAAGUAAUAUAUAUAAUAUAUGAAAUCGGGCGCAUACAUAUGUGCGCGCGAGUUUAUAUCAUAGAAUUUUAAAUUAAUUAUAUGACAGCAGAUUCCUAUUUUAGGCCUAAAAUUAAUAUAUGUUACGUACGAUUGAUAAAAUUCUUUUGUUAUGACAAACGAGGCAUAGGACAUGAGAAAAAAUGGGCAUAAGAAAUCAUAUAUGCUCACUUGUACAUAUGAUUUUAUAUUAUUACAUAAGUUCAUUUUUUCUCGAGAAGUUUUAAGCUUCCAAUCGCACAUUCGUAUUUGCAUUAUUAUGUGCUUUCAAUACUAGUCGUAUAACUGUGUUUUGUUAAUUUGGAUUUAUAUGUACUACUUAUUAUUAAACUAUGAUAGGUCAUAGGUAGCUU